CCCCGCUUUCCCCCGCCGCCACGGCCCGCUCAGCAUCGCGGCCCCCCCGUCCCGCCCUGCCCUGCCGCGGCCCCGUCGCCGGCAUCCCCCCGUCCCCAUCCCCGGUGCCUCCUGCUCCUCGCUGCCCCGGCGCGCUGCCGGGCGCAUGGCGGCGGGGCCGUGCGGCGCGGCCCUGGGGCGGGCGGCGCUGGCGGCGCCGCUGGUGCUGCUCUACUACGGCUUCUCCAUCGGCAUCACCUUCUACAACAAGUGGCUCAUGAAGAGCUUCCCGUUCCCGCUGUUGGUCACGCUGCUGCACCUGCUGCUCAUCUUCGCUCUGGCGGCGCUCGCCCGUGCCCUGGCGCGCUGCCGCUCCGGGCGGCCGCGGGCAGCGCUGUCCUGGGCCGACUGCCUCCGCCGGGCCGCCCCCGCAGCUCUGUCAACUUCCUUGGAUAUUGGGCUGAGUAACUGGAGCUUCCUGUAUGUCACUGUCUCCCUCUACACAAUGACCAAAUCCUCUGCCAUUCUCUUCAUCCUGCUUUUUUCACUGCUGUUCAAGCUAGAGGAAAUGAGAGUGACGUUGCUGCUGGUGGUUCUGCUCAUCGCUGGGGGACUCUUCAUGUUCACCUACAAGUCCACACAGUUCAAUGCACAGGGGUUUGUGCUGGUGCUCUGUGCCUCUUUCCUGGGGGGCAUUCGCUGGACUCUCACGCAGAUACUGAUGCAGAAGGCUGAACUGGGGCUCCAGAAUCCCAUUGAUAUCAUGUUUCACCUGCAGCCGCUCAUGUUCCUGGGGCUCUUCCCACUCUUUGCGGUGUUUGAGGGCCUUCCUUUGUCCAUAUCAGAGAAGCUCUUCCGUUUCCAUGAAGCAGGAAUGCUGUUCUCUCUGGUAGGGAAGCUGUUCUUGGGUGGAAUUCUUGCCUUUGGUCUAGGCUUUUCUGAGUUCCUCUUGGUUUCCAGAACAUCUAGCCUCACCCUUUCCAUUGCUGGCAUUUUUAAGGAAAUCUGCAUUUUAUUCCUGGCCACACAUUUACUGGGAGACCGCCUCAGCCUCUUGAACUGGCUGGGCUUUGCUGUCUGCCUGUUAGGAAUCUCCCUCCACGUUGUUCUCAAAGCCAUGAAUUCCAAAGGUGACAAAGCACUGGAGCCACACAAAGAGGCCAGCUCUGACCCUGACCUGCAGCUGCUGCUGCGCCACCCCGAACAUGCCCCCUGGGAGACCUUUAUUGAAGAACAGAUGCUUGGCUUCCUGCUAAAAUUUCAAUACUGUAAACAUCCUGAGGGCAGGGAGAAAGCGUCCCUGCAGACCCCCCUGCACUCCUCUGGUCCUCUGCCCAGCAAACAAGGUGCUCCUCUUUCUCCAGGGAUGAAGCUUUUUUUCCGUUUCUUGCUUGUGCCUUGAAUCUGCAAAGCUGCCAGCAAAGGCUGCCUGGGAGGUGUGGGGCUGUGCCUCAGGAGCACAGAGCCCAGCUCUGUUCUUCUUCAUCUGGAUGUUUCUUACAGAAGCCUCUGCUACAAAUCCUGCACUGAAUGGUGGGGUUGCAAGGUGUGGGAGGAAAUCAGUCCUUGUAGGUGGUGGCGUUCUCCCAGCCCCAUGCAGCAGCAAUCCUGGGGGCUUUCUCAUUCCCUGGCCUGAGCUACACCUCUCUCUGGUCUCCAGUGCAUCAG